GCCGUUGUCGGUUCCGGGUCAGGAAUUUGUUUCCCGGUCGGAGGGAGAGGGGUGACGCACCGGCUCUGCCUCGCUUGCUGCUGAUGCAAUGGGAUCGCUCUUUGCCUGAGAGGAGCGCUUGUCUGAUCUGCUGGCAGCAGUGAGUACAUCGAUUUCCAGAUGGAAGGCGGUCCCGACGAGUUGGCUUGACGUGCUUCUUGAUACGUUUCUGCCUUUUGUGCCUCUUCAAAUUCAACAGCACUGUUGGUAACAGCUGACCUCCAGUUAUAACGCUUCAGGGCCAGAGCUUCCCAGUUCUCUGUGUCUAUGCCACAGUUUUUAAGAGUCCUUCAGGUCGUUAUCAGUUUCUUAAUAAAAGGAAACUAACAGAAACAUUUGUUGUCAAUACAAAAGAGUCUCAACACUCCAGAAAAUGGCAGACAUUCCGAUUGGCGAUUUUUGCUCUCUUAAUCCUCUGGAACUUUUUCAACAAGUAACUGCACAAGGAGAAAAAGUCAGGUCAUUAAAGGCUGAGAAAGCAGCAAAGGGUGAAAUUGAUGCAGCAGUUCAGUUAUUAUUAUCUUUAAAACUGAGCUAUAAAACAGCAACAGGUGAAGAUUAUAAAGCAGGGUCCCCUCCUAUGGAUUUUGCACCCAUCAGUAAUGGUCCAGGUGAUGCUGAAGUUGACGAUUUUGUUGACCCUUGGACAGUGCAAACAUCGAACGCAAAAGGAGUAGAUUAUGAUAAACUUAUUGUUCGAUUUGGAAGCAGUAAAAUUGAUAAAGAUCUCAUCAAUCGGAUAGAGAGAAUUACAGGGCAAAAACCACAUCACUUCCUACGCAGAGGCAUUUUCUUUUCUCAUAGAGAUAUGAACCAAAUUCUUGACACAUAUGAAAAUAAGAAGCCAUUUUACCUUUACACGGGCAGAGGUCCUUCAUCUGAGGCAAUGCAUGUUGGUCACCUUAUCCCAUUUAUUUUUACAAAGUGGUUACAAGACGUGUUUAAUGUUCCCUUAGUUAUCCAGUUGACGGACGAUGAAAAGUAUCUCUGGAAAGAUCUUACAAUUGAGAAAGCAUACCAGUACGCUAUAGAAAACAUCAAGGAUGUUAUAGCCUGUGGAUUUGAUAUCAACAAAACCUUCAUCUUUUCAGAUCUCCAUUAUUUGGGGUUGAGCCCAGGAUUCUACAAGAACAUUGUUAAAGUCCAGAAGCAUGUUACGUUCAACCAGGUGAAAGGAAUCUUUGGUUUUACAGACAGUGACUGCAUAGGUAAAAUCAGUUUUCCUGCUAUUCAAGCAGCUCCAUCCUUUAGCUCAUCGUUUCCACAUAUCUUCAACAACAGAGAUGACAUUCAGUGUCUGAUCCCGUGUGCAAUUGAUCAGGAUCCAUAUUUCAGAAUGACAAGGGAUGUGGCCCCUCGGAUUGGCUAUCCCAAGCCGGCAUUGCUCCAUUCCGUCUUCUUUCCAGCCCUGCAGGGAGCACAGACAAAAAUGAGUGCUAGCGACCCCAAUUCCUCUAUUUUUCUUACUGAUACACCCAAGCAAAUUAAAACCAAGAUCAAUAAGCAUGCCUUCUCUGGUGGCAAAGAUACUAUUGAAGAGCACAGGAAAUAUGGAGGCAAUUGUGAAGUAGAUGUGUCUUACAUGUAUCUCUCCUUCUUCCUUGAAGAUGAUGAGAAAUUGGAACAAAUUAAACAGGCUUAUACAAGUGGAGCACUACUAACAGGAGAACUCAAAAAGAUGCUGAUUGAAACGCUUCAGCCAUUGAUUGCAGCUCACCAACAAAGGCGAAAGCAGAUCACAGAUGAAAUGGUGAAGGAAUUCAUGACUCCACGGAAGCUGGCGUUUGAUUUUUAAUCCUACAGGUGCAUGUUAAUUUAUCAAUAGAUUCAGAAUCCAGUGGGUCGAUGCUAUCAUGCCCUACUGUAUAUGUCACCUGUCUGUGAUGACGUCUCGGCUGAAGUCAAUGUUUCUUCAAAAAAAUUACUCCAUAUGUGUCAGCAACUGUUUGGGAAAGCAUUGUUUAUUAAUCUGAAAGAACCAGCCACAAUUGCAGACUUGAUUGAACUAUCAUAAGUUCCCAGGAUAAUUAGGUCACCUAGAAAAAUCAUUCAAGAGCAGACUACUCAUCAACAGAAGCUUCAUAGAAUGUGUGAUUAGAAAAAAUGAUAAUGUUACAUCAAUAAAGAUUUAUGUGCAAUGCCAGGUGUUACAGCCUUGAGAUCUCUGUUAGCAUGCUUUUAUACCCACUAAGGGGUCCUGCUUUAAAGAUAAGCUUAUAUCUUUGGUCCAGUUUGCUCUUGUUCCUCUUUUUUUUUUUUUAGAUUAAAAAGUUCUUAACUGUAUGGUAUCACGGUCUCCCAAGUCGUGAUAUAUUUGCAUGUUUCACAAAAGUAUUCAUAAAUACAUUUGUUUUACUGUUAAAAGCAUAAAACAGUUAUCAGAUAAAUAUUUUUCUGAGCAAUACUUUUCUAAGAUGUAUGCUGGAUAUGUUGAGUAGGAUAGUAGAUUCUGGGGUUUUACAAAGUACUAUUUUACCCUGAGCAGCAUGAGAAGUUGAGAUGUUGUCAGUACAACCUUCUCACUCUCAAAUCUGUAGGGGAUGUGUUCCCUGGGCUUUGCAUUGAACUAAAGAACUACCCCAGAAUAUCAUGGAGUUGCAUUGGAGGAUUUAGAAAAUGCCUAGAGAUGACGUAUUUUGUUGAAUAAAUAAAAUGGCAGAUACCAUAAAUUUGCCUAUUAUUUUGUAUUAAGCAAUAAGAAUUAGAGUUGACCUGAAUACACAGUUCAGCAGAGCACAUCUUCCCCAGUUUUAUUUAAACAGAAUGGGAUUUAUGAGAUGUAUGCACAACAUGAUGAAGUAGGUCAGUAUUCUAAAUGGCAGGUCUUCCAUAUUGCCUUUGGAAUGUAAUAGCAAGCAUCUAGCCCCAAGGUGCCAUAUUCUAAUAGUAAUAAUAUAUUUUAUUUAUAUCCCACUUUAUCUCCCUGAGGGGACUAAGUGCGGAUUACAGAAUACAUAUAUGGCAGACAUCCAGUGCCAUUAAUAUAAUAAUAUUUGAACAGGCCAGAAAUGGUAAUUUAUGCAUUUAAAUGGUACGUUUAACGUAAUUGUAAAUACGUUCUGAUCAGCAAUUUGAAAAUGACUUUGAAAAUCUAUAUUAAUUUAUGUAUUUGCUGCUCAGAGUUUCUAUGCUCAUAAACUAGAGAAACAACAAUUGUGACCUACAUGUGAUGGAAGAGAAUAGAAUUGCUCUCUAUUCAAGCAAUUAAAGAAAAUGCAGCUGAAUUGUACCUUUCAGUUUCAUCUCUGUCUUUACUAUUUCCAGUUGUACCAAAUCCAUGUACAUAAUUGAAGACAGCAAGUAACCUACUAAAAGAGCCUCAAACUCAAUCAUAGAAUUCAUUACAUAUGAAAGGUUGCAUAAAAAUUGAAUUUCAGCUGAUACUCAGUUUUAACUCUGACAACUCUUUCCUGCUUUUCAUUCAAAAAUAAGUUUGUUGCUCACACUGAAUGCAACAGAGUAGUUUGGUGCUCUACGUUGUCAAAUUCAUUGAAGUACAUUGAGUUGGACUUGUUAUAGAUAUAAAUACUGUGUAUGCAUCUAGUGAUGAGGAUUGUGUUUUUGACCAGUUUCUCUCCAUCUUUCCUCACUGUUGACUGUACUGUCUAGGAGAUGAAGUCUAACCACAGGGAAGUACAACAAGUUGCCAGUGCCUAUUUUGGUCCUUUUCCUUAAGAUUUACACAGAGCCCAGUGUAUCUACGUAUUAAAGGAAUAAUCUGUAUACCACCAAACACCAGUGGGACGAUCACAUGGGUUGUACAUAUACAUUGGCCUUUGUAUAUAGGCCCUAUGGGCGACAGGUACAUUGGCAGGAUAAGCAGGUGCAAUCCAGUUUUAACACAUUGGAACCCAUAUGUUUUUGGAAGCUAAGCAAGAUUUGGCCUAGUUAGUACUGAGACCAGGGGAUAAAAGAGGUCUUCGGACUGCUCUAGGAGGACAUCCUGAAACUUAGGUGUAGAUACCAUCGGCCAAAGUGGACAAUACUAAAAUAGAUAUGUCAGUAGUUUGACUCAGUAGGAUAACAUGGCUUCUUAAAUCGCUUAACAUCCAUUGGAUGUCAAAUUUGAGCAUCUGGGGAAAGUGUUGUAUAGCCCAGUAGUAUUCCACAGAACUUUAAUACUGGUUAAAGUCCUGCAUUCCUUUGUUUGGCCUCAGAGAUUUAGACUCCAUGGGACAGACCUGACUGGUUUGUUGCUUAACAUCCAUAUAGUUAUGGGGUGAUUUCUGUUCCCCUCCCCAAGUCGAGAAGGAUCUGUGUUUAUUUUCAUAAAACCCCUAUGCAGGAGUCAGAGAAUGUACACUUCACAGACCAAACUAAGCCUGCAGGAGCUCCUACACAGUUUUGGUUUGUUCUUUUCUUUGAUUGGUAUAACAGAAAAGAGGUCACUGAAAACCUGAGAAGCUAUUGCAUAAUACUGUGCUGUAUUUUACUGUCUAGAAAGCUAUCACUUACUGAUGAAUUGUGCUUUGCAACCUAAGAAUCUGUUGUGUAAUACUGAACUUAGCUUUGUUAUUAUGUUCAAAGUGAUAAUUAAUUCAUCUGUCCCAUCCACUAUUCAGGCUUUCCACAGAUUAGAAUUCAGGUCCUAUACCUUUCACUCUUUCUCUCUCUACUGAUUCAUAAGAAUUGCCGUUUAUGUACGAGGGUUAUCCGGAAAGUACAUUACGUUUUGGAAUUAAAAAUGAACAAAAUAUAGGAGAAAACAUUUACCAUAUGCAGUUGAAAGCCACACCCAAAUACCACAUCUCACGUAGUUGCCAUUCAAAUCUAGGCACUUAUCAUAGCGAUAAAUGAGCUUGGAAACUCCUUCCCCACUAAAUUCUGCCGCCUCCGUCAUCAACUCUUCUCCCUUCCCCCUCCCCGCAGCUGCGCAGCAUCGCCAAAACGCUGCGUUGCUAGCCACGCCCCCAUUGUUGGAAACAAGUGGUUGACGACGGAGGCGGCAGAAUUUAGUGGGGAAGGAGUUUCCAAGCUCAUUUAUCGCUAUGAUAAGUGCCUAGAUUUGAAUGGCAACUACAUGAGAUGUGGUAUUUGGGUGUGGCUUUCAACUGCAUAUGGUAAAUGUUUUCUCCUAUACUUUGUUCAUUUUUAAUUCCAAAAUGUAAUGUACUUUCUGGAUAGCCCUCGUACUUGGUUACAUGCCUCAAGUUUGUAAGCUUCAAUUUUCACUAAGUUGGGAUGAUCGAAUGUGCCGGCCAUGUAACAAUGCUUCACAAAAGACAUGGCCUUACUGUUAAGCAUCCUAAUACACUUAAAUAGUGGCUGUUAGAUGUCCAAACCAAAUUGAACUUAUCUAAUUCAGCACACUAAUACUCAUGAACUUAUCACAUGCAGAUUUGAAGGACAGAUAAUAUUGCACCUAUCCUACAUGACAUGCAAUUACAGCGCACUCUGCCACUGUGCUACUUCCAUGCUUUUAGCAAACAAGUAUAAACAUGAUGUUUGACAAAGAUUUCUGUGGCUAGAAUUUUGCAAUUACAAUCUUGUAACCUGCCACGAGUUGAUGAAAUGAAUCAUGAUGUCAAAUGAAACUGGUUCAGGAGCUUUUCUUUUCGUCUUUGUACCACAGUACAACUGUUGAGAUUAAAAAAAAUUGUUUUCAAAAGAGCCAAGUGAGAAGGGUGACAGAGAAGCCAACCCUACUCAGACAUCUUGUAGGGCAACUUAGUCAUACCGAUGUAAAAGGAAUUCUUUGUGGAUGAUGCAUAAGGGCUGUACAAACUAAAAUCACAUACAAUAAAAACUGAGAGAGCUUGCAGAACUGAUUGCCUUUGCCAUUGUUGCCUAUUAUGUAAGGUUAUACAUUUUUGUAUAUGUAUUCAUUUUAUUGAAGAACCUUCCUAAAAUAGCUAUGUAAGUGCUGAUGAAUAGAAGCAGCUGGCAAUUGUUUUGAAGAUGCUUAUAGUCAUUCUGAGCUAUGUUUGUGAAGCAGUCGCUACAGCUAUUGAUCUGCUACUUCAAGUGCACUUAUUCCAUUAGUUCAACGUUGUCUGGCUAAAUAGCUUGGUUCUCCAUGAGAUACUGGUUGAACAUCCUUAUCCAGGAUUCUAAAAUCCAAAAUAUUUCAAAGCUCAAAAUUGUCCAUGUGGGUACCUGAUGUAAUGACACUUUUUUUCUGAUGGUUCAGGCACAAAAUAAUUAAGAAUAUUGUAUAAAAUUACCUAGAACCUACAUGUAUAAAGUGUACAUGAAACAUAAAUAAAUUUCAUGUUUUGA